GCGUACAAGAGGACUGUUGCGGAGACUUGUCAUUCUGACCUGGGAUCUCUCCGAGCGUAUGGCAGAAAUGUCUAAUGCCAAAGAAAGAAAACAUGCUAAAAAAAUGAGAAACCAGCCCACCAAUGUGACUUUAUCCUCUGGCUUUGUGGCUGAUAGAGGUGUAAAGCAUUAUAAUGGAGGUGGAAAACCUUUCCAGACUCCAAAACAAGAGCCUCAUUCUGGAACGUCACAGCAGCGGCAAACCAAAAUGAGCUACCAUUCAUUGCACGACCCCGAAGUGAAUGAGCAGUCUUCCUCCAAGAUAAUGUUUAAAAAAAAGGGAGGAUGGAAAGCAGGUUCUGAAGGUACUUCUCAGGAGAUUCCCAAGUAUAUAACUGCCUCCACUUUUGCUCAAGCCCGAGCUGCUGAAAUCAGCGCAAUGUUAAAAGCAGUGACCCAGAAAUCUUCUAACUCACUGGUUUUCCAGACUCUGCCCCGGCACAUGAGACGAAGAGCCAUGAGCCACAACGUCAAACGCCUUCCUAGGCGGUUACGGGAGAUUGCCCAGAAAGAGGCAGAGAAAGCAGUACAUCAGAAAAAAGAACAUUCCAAAAAUAAAUGCCAUAAAGCACGAAGAUGUCACAUAAACCGGAUGCUGGAAUUCAACCGUAGGCAGAAGAAGAACAUCUGGUUAGAAACUCACAUCUGGCAUGCCAAACGAUUUCACAUGGUCAAGAUGUGGGGCUACUGCCUUGGGGAGAGGCCGACAGUGAAGAGCCACCGAGCCUGCUACCGGGCCAUGACUAACCAUUGCCUCCUUCAGGAUUUAUCCUACUACUGUUGUUUGGAGUUGAAGGGCAAAGAGGAAGAAAUACUAAAAGCACUUUCUCAAAUGUGUAGCACAGACACAGGAUUGACUUUUGCUGCAGUUCACUGCUUGUCUGGAAAGCGCCAAGGCAGUCUAAUGCUGUACCGGGCAAACAGAUAUCCCAGAGAAAUGCUUGGGCCUGUUACAUUUAUUUGGAAGUCUGAGAGGAGCCCUGGGGAUGCUUCUGAGAAUAGGCAGCUUUGGAUCUGGCUCCAUCCCACUCUUAAACAGGAUAUCUUAGAGGAAAUAAAAGCAGUGUGCCAGUGUAUGGAACCUAUCAAAUCAACUGUCUGUAUCCCUGACCCGCUUCUGACACCAUCCCAAGAAAAAAACCAAACCACACUGCCUGAUGAGAAAAUUGGCAAGAAAAGAAAAUGGAAAGAUGAUGGAGAAAAUUCUAAACCAGUGAAAAAACUUAUGGGGGAUGGAACUAGAGAUCUACUUCAAGCAUAUUCUUGGAUAUCUACAGCCACAGGCAUUAUAAUCAGUGACUUGACGAUGGAGAUGAACAGAUACCGGCUGAUUGGUCCACUUUCCCACUCCAUCCUAACUGAGGCGCUAAAGGCUGCUUCUGUCCACACUGGGGGAGAGGAUACAGAGAAGACGCCUCAUCACUGGUGGACUGAAACCUGCAAGAAUCCCGAUAGCAUUGCUCUUCAUCACAGACAAGAAGCCGUUUUUGAGUUGUUGGGAGGAAUAACAUCACCAGCAGAAAUUCCUGCAGGUACUGUUCUGGGACUGACAGUUGGUGAUCCUCGAAUAAAUUUGCCUCAAAAGAAGUCCAGAGCUCUGCCCAAUCCAGAAAAAUGCCAAGAUAAUGAGAAAGUUAGACAGCUGCUUCUGGAGGGUGUUCCUGUGGAGUGUACGCAUAGCUUUAUCUGGGACCAAGCUAUCUGUCAGAGUGUCACAGAGAAUAAAAUCUCGGAUCAGGAUUUAAACCGGAUGAGAAGUGAGUUGCUGGUGCCCGGGUCACAGCUUGUUUUAGGUCCCCAAGAAUCCAAGAUACCUAUACUUUUGAUCCAACAGCCGGGAAAAGUAACUGGUGAAGACCGACUGGGCUGGGGCAGUGGCUGGGAUGUGCUGCUGCCGAAAGGCUGGGGCAUGGCUUUCUGGAUUCCAUUUAUCUACCGAGGUGCAAGAGUUGGAGGAUUAAAAGAGGCCUUAGUACAUUCUCAAUAUAAAAGGUCACCUAAUAUCCCGGGUGAUUUUCCAGACUGCCCUGCUGGGAUUCUGUUUGCUGAAGAGCAGGCUAAGUUUCUUCUUGAGAAGUACAAAGGACGCCCUCCUGCAAAACGGCCCAACUAUGUUAAGCUCGGCACUUUGGCACCUUUCUGCUCUCCCUGGGAACAGUUGACUCGAGAUUGGGAAUCAAGAGUCCAGACCCAAGAAGGAUCUUCUGUAGUUUCAUCUCCAAAUGGUGAGGAGAACGACUUGAGGAGAGAUGAGGGGCCUUGUGCUCCCAAGCCUGACAAAAGUCUUAAGCUCUCUGAUGAAAUAGGCUCAUUCAUAAAUGAACCCAGAGAGCCCGAAGAAGUAACAGACACCGAGUGUGGGGACCAGGCAGGGUGUGAGCAGGUACCUGACCACGAUGCUGGGGAGAACCGAGUUGCUGCCGCCAGUCGUCUCUGCGUUCUCAGGAGUAGAAGUUUACUGAAGCAGCUGUCGGCCUGGUGUGGGGGCGGUCGGCGUGCUCCCAGCAGGGGACACCAAGAACUGCCCCGAGAGGCCUGUCUGUCAGUCUUGACCCACUUCCCCAGGGCGCUGGUGUGGGUCAGCCUGUCCCUGCUCCAGAAGGGCAGCCCCGAGCCGCACACCAUGAUCUGUGUCCCAGCUGAGGAGGACUUGCUCCAGCUCAGACAGAAUCGACAGUAUUGUGGGCCCCAGGAAUCCAAACACAGUGACCCAUUCAAGAGCAGGAUUCUGAAACAGAAAGAGAAGAAGAAAAUGGAGAAGAGGCAGAAACAAAGAAAUGCUGCUUCCGGGGGCCUGGCAGGAGAGGACCCUACUGCUGGGCAUGAAGCUUUAACCCUGGGGUUGUGGUCAGGCCCUCUCCCGUGUGUGACUACGCACUGCUCCAGAGUUCUCCUAGGGUUUGUUACUCAGGGAGAUUUUUCCAUGGCCGUUGGCUGUGGAGAAGCCCUGGGGUUUGUUAGUUUGACAGGCUUGCUGGAUAUGCUGAGCAGUCAGCUGGCAGAUGCGCGCGGCUUAGUGUUACUGAGACCCCCCGCCUCCCUGCAGUAUCGAUUUGCAAGAAUUGCUAUUGAGGUGUGAACGCUGUUUUAGAUCCCAGCAGGGUAUAGGUCAUUUUCUUUGUCAAAUCCCCACAAUUGGAGAGGUUUGUUUUUGCCACCUCUGUUUGAGAAUAUCAUGUGAAAUUCCUUGGAAACAAGAAUAAAAAAUUAUGUAUUAUGCAAAUAGAUGAAAUGUUUACAUCGUUCCAGUAAUGUUGUUGAUUUCCAUCAUUGCCUGUCUUUUCUGUAAAGCUUUUAAAGUGCUUGGCGUAUAUAGCCCAAAGCUUCUGUAUUAUGGUUUCUCAAUCUGUGUAAUUCUUGCUGAAAAUAAUUGGAAGUUCUAUGUUGGAUUGUCCCUUUUAUUAGUAGCAUAGUCUGUCAAGUCUAUCUGGAAAACCUUGUAGAUAAGCAACAAUGGUUGUUUAAUGAUUUAAUUGUUAUAGACUUGAAACCAGAGAAAUAGAGUUUGGGCUUAAAAAAAAAAAUUAAAUGUAAGUUAGAAAGGAAAAGAUUAUAAACAUCAGGUCCCUGAAUGUGAAAUAUAGGACUCCCAAAUGGGCCAUAUUUAAUUCUGUGCUCUAAUCGGCAAGCCUAACACCUUAUAGCGUAAAGAAGGAAAUCCUGGAAGAUUUACUGUUGCCUGUUUUCAAGCAGGCUGAGUUUGUGGCAAAAGUGUUGGGCUGGAUUAGAAUGGAGGCCUCGGACUUGGUGUUCUUGCCUUCCCUGUUGAUGACUGACACGUGAUCCCAGCAGUUACUUAACUUUUUGGUGCUUUUUGUUUCUGCGAGGUAUUUCUCAAAGCCAGUAGGGGCAUUUCCCAAAGUAUGUUUUAUGAAAUAUGUUACCUUAAAAAAGGAUUCCAAGGUCAACUUGAUUUGGGAAACUCUGGAUUAAACGAAGUUAAACAUUUCUUUAUUAAAUGACGCCUAGAACCUGCCAUGUGACAGUGUGCAUUGUGAAUCUCCAGAAAGUAGAUAAUAGCGUGCAGUAUUUUCUAAAUUUUUUGGUCACUGAACUCCUUUUGCAAGGAGCACUUUGCAGGGGCACCUAGGAACACACUUAGGGAAAUGGCUGUACAGUGUAAUAUUUACUUUUGCAAGGUGAUAACUAAAAUGACAAGUUGCUUUUAAACACUAAUGUAAUCACAUUGUCCACCUGAGAUUUUGAGCAGGUGGAAGUGUGUGUCAUCCUUGCUUUUUUUUCACUCAGAGAGAAACUAGGUGGCUCUUUAACUUUUAGUUGCCAUGUAAUGUCUUACUUAUAUCCUUGGUCCCUUAUUUUCCUGCCCUAAAUUUCAGCAGAGCUAGAGUAGACUUGAAACCACAGAAAUGCAGUUUGGGCUUACAAAAAAAAUUAAAUGUAAGUUAGGCAUUUUAAUUCAUGUGAAUGCAUUGGGUUUUUGCAGUGGCAUUUGGUGUGAUGAGCUGGGGAAAGAUACAGCAAGUAUUAACGAUAGUCAAAUACUAUAUUGAGCCACCUGAAAUUGAGCAGUGACAUUUCUGAUGUAUUUCCUCUCACCGUGCCUCUGAAUGUGUCCAACCCAAUUGAUACUGGGGAAAAAAAAAAAAAAA